AUGGCCGAGCCGGGUGCUGUGGCCAGGUUGGAGGAGGACCUGACCUGUCCCAUCUGCCUGGGCAUUUACAGCAACCCCGUGUCCCUGAGUUGUGGUCACAGCUUCUGCAAGGAGUGCAUCCAGGAGGCGCGUAGCCACCAGCAUUGCUGGCAGGGCCCUUGCAGCUGCCCACUGUGCUACGCCCAGGCAGACCCCGCUAUGGAGCUGCAGCCCAACGUCCAGCUCCGCAGCAUAGUGCAGAAGUUUUUGGAUGCUCCCACUCAUCAAGAGGAGGAAAAGCGUGAAGUGCAAUGCAAAGAGAAGGGGGAAAAUUCGUGCCAGCAAGAUGAGGUGAUCCUGUGUGAUUUCUGCCUUCAGGAGCCCCAGCCAGCCAUGAAGACCUGCCUGGGCUGUGAGGCCUCCCUGUGCCAAGCCCACCUGAGCAAGCAUGGCACGAAGAGCCCCCUGAAAGAUCAUGUCCUGGUGGAGCCCUGCGAUGCUCAGCUUUUGGCUGAGAGGAGAUGCCCCCAGCAUGGCAAACUGCUGGAGUGCUACUGCAAGACGGACUCGGUCUGCAUCUGCGUGCUGUGCUGUGUCGCCAGCUCCCACAAGAACCACAAGAUCACCACUUUGGAGGAGGCUUUUGGCCAAGCGCAGAGUGUUUUUCCUGAAACUCUGAAAGCAGUGAAAACGCACGAAGCUGCGCUGAAUCAAAGAAUAGCAAACCUGCUGAAACAAAAGGAGGAAGUAAAGACUAAGAAGAGCCUGUGUAGGAAUCGGCUGGAGAGCCUCUUCGAAGAGAUGUGUCUGCAGCUGGAUAACAAAAAAGGAGAGGUCCUGAAAUCUCUGAGUCACAAUGAGAAGCAACAGCUUUUUCAGAUUCAGACACAGAUAGAAAAACACGAAGAGGGGAAGGAUGCAGCCAGCCAUGAUGUACAGGAGCUGGAGGCUCUGAGAGAUCAGAAAGACCUACUUCUUUUCACCAAGGCUUUUGCAGCGAUUCGAGCCAGGAAACGCAAUCCAGUUCCUAAGAAAGCUGUUGUAAAACUGCCAACGCCACCCAUUAUUGUGGAUGAAUUAACAACAGACACUACUCUAAGGCUUUUCCAGCAAUUCCUCUCAGACAUGGAGUCCUUAUUUAAAGCACCACCUGUUCACGAACAUCUGACUUCUUCAGUGUAUCAAGGAGGUGGAUUUGCUUAUAGUGACAACACAAUCUUUGCAUCCUCAUCCAGUACUUUCCAGUUUGGGGUAUCAAAUACACUCAGUGCCAUCCCACACGUGCAGAGCGACCAGAGCUUCUCAGAGGGCUGUCACUUCUGGGAGGUAGACACCAGCCAUGCGAGGUGCUGGGAGCUUGGAAUCGUUCAUCCCAACUUUGAGUGCUACCUACAAAUGUCUCAUGAUUACCUCCGUGUGUUCCUAGGUCAAACAGUGAUCACAGCAAAGGACUUUCGUACAGCCCUUGAAGUGGUCAGGGUAGAGCUAGACUGCAGAAGAAAUACACUGUCAUUUUAUAAUGCAUCUGUCAAGGAUGGAGAUCCUGCUGAGAGCCUCAGGCUUAUAGAGAGAGUAAGCAUCCCUUCGAACUAUCCCGUCCACGCUACCUUCAGCGUGUCUGAUGGCUCUUUGAAGCUCCUGUAGUGAUGUGGGGACAAGGUGCUGUUUUGUAUUUCCAGGUCUAGGUAUUGGGACUGUUGCUGCACGGAGGCUGUGCUAAGCUGGCAUAUUAGAAAUUGGAUUUUGGGCUGCUGUGAUGGCUCAUCUGUGUGAUGACAAGGCUUCUGUGGGGUAUAUCAGAGCACGCUGCUGCUUACUGCAAGAGCUCCUAUCUUAUUUGUUCUGUUAAUCACGAUGGAAAUACCGUUAAGUUGUGCUUUUUUGCUUGGCUGUAUCAAAUGCUGUAUUGGCUGCAUGUUAUUAAAGUAAUUU